UAAAAAAAUAAUAAUAAUAAUUUGAAGAUAAAGAGAGCUGAGACACAGAGAAACAAAGAAAGAGAGAGACAGACAGACAGGGAAGCCGUAAAGAGAGAUCAUGCGUCUCUCUCUUCUUACACCUAUUUCUUCUCCUUCUCACAUAUCCAUCCUGCCCUUUAAACCACUAUCUUAUCCUACUUUCCCUCUCUACCAUUCUUCCUUCUUAUUAUAUUCAUCCCCACAUGGAGUUAUUACCACAACCACCACCACCACCACCACCACCACCGCCGCCGCCACCUCAUUCACCUCUUCCUCUGCUUUUUCUCUUUGCAGAGCCCCAAAGAGGCCUACGUCUGCUUCCAUGAAGAGAGGCCCUUCUUAUAGAUUCCUUAAGGUUUCCUCUUGUUCUUCCUUCUCUGAUGAUUCAGUUUCUGACUUUCAGACUGCCAGUGACGGUGACGGAGAGGAUGACGGCGCUGAUGAUGAAGAAGAAGUAGUCGUUGUAGUUCAUGGGGUAGAGGAUGAUGAAGAUCCAGAGGGGGCACUUGGCCCUUCUGUCUCGCCUGACAGAUGGGAUGUCUUGGGUCUUGGACAAGCCAUGGUGGACUUUUCUGGCAUGGUUGAUGAUGAAUUUUUGGAGAAAUUGGAAUUGGAGAAGGGAACGAGGAAGGUUGUGAAUCAUGAAGAAAGAGGUAGAGUUUUGCGGGCUAUGGAUGGUUGCAGCUACAAGGCCGCAGCUGGUGGGUCUCUUUCUAAUAGCCUGGUGGCCUUAGCGAGGCUCGGUGGCACACCCAUUGGAGGCCCUCUCUUGAAUGUAGCCAUGGCCGGCAGUGUAGGGAGUGAUCCAUUGGGUGGUUUCUACAGGGCAAAAUUGCGUCGGGCAAAUGUCCAUUUUCUUUCUGCACCUAUCAAGGAUGGGACAACGGGGACAGUAAUAGUUCUCACAACUCCAGAUGCCCAGAGAACAAUGUUAGCAUAUCAGGGCACAUCCUCAACAGUUGAUUAUGAUCCAUCCCUAGCUAGCAUAGUUUCCAGCACAAAUAUACUUGUUGUUGAAGGGUAUUUAUUCGAACUCCCAAAUACAAUUAGAACAAUAACAAAAGCAUGUGAGGAAGCCCGCCAAAGCGGUACCCUGGUUGCCAUCACAGCAUCAGAUGUGUCCUGCGUUGAGAAACACUAUGAUGAUUUCUGGGAAAUUGUUGGGAACUAUGCAGACAUUGUUUUUGCAAACAGUGAUGAAGCUAGAGCUCUAUGUCAUUUUGCCUUGAAGGAGAGUCCUAUGUCAGUUACAAGGUAUCUUAGCCAUUUUGUUCCUCUCGUCUCGGUUACAGAUGGGUCAAGAGGAUCUUAUAUUGGUGUAAAAGGAGAAGCCUUAUAUAUCCCCCCUUCUCCAUGUGUACCAGUGGACACUUCUGGUGCUGGCGAUGCAUAUGCAUCUGGUAUUCUGUAUGGUAUACUGCAGGGCGUUUCGGAUUUGAAAGGAAUGGGUACACUAGCUGCUAGGGUAGCAGCCACGGUUGUUGGGCAACAGGGGACUCGUCUUAGGGUUCAAGAUGCAGUAGAAUUGGCACAGUGUUUUGCAGCCCAUCUUGAUAGUUCCAGCAUUCAGUCAAAUGUAGGUUCAGAUCAUAUAUCCAGCUUUUAGUUAGGUGCUUUGUUGAUUCCUUAAAAUACAUUAUUAAAAAAAUGAAGGAGAAAAAAAAAUGAUUCUUUUAUUA